UGUAAGUAAUUAAGGAAGAUGAUGUUUUUGACAAAUUAAGCAAUAUUGACGUCUGCUUCUUUCCAUUUUCUAGGUGAGAAAAUUGUACCGACUGUCCCAGAUGAUUUGAUGAUGUUUAAAAGAGCAGGAAUACUUUUAAGAUAGUGCGCUAUCUGCAAUUUGGGAAAUGUGUGACAGAUUGAGAGCUUAUGUCUAAACAGGAUACGCUUAAAGGAAAAGUAAUGUUGAUUAGAAGUUUAUUGGAAUGUACAUAAACAGUUGACAUCUUUACGUAGAAGGUUUCCAUAAUCAAAGAAUUCAGAAAUGCAUUAUGGGUAGGGAACUCUUUUACAAGAGCAUCCAGAAACAAUAAGCACAGAUAAAGGACUAAGGGGCCUGUAAGUAUGGCCCUGGAGUCUACAUGUCCAUUUACUGCUGCAGACGGUUCCCUGUCCAAGGGCCGGACCCUGUUUGUAGACAACAAUGAUACAAGGGAACCGUUCUCUUUUCCAUUCAACGCAAGUAAUACACUAGCAUCUGUAUACAACAGUACACCUUUAAACUCAGUAUUAUCUGUCAACCAUUCCACGCCAAAAGAUACGAAAAAGAUGGAGUUGAAAACACCGCUUUCUGAUUUUCAAGAGGACACAAACAGUGCUAAAAUUGUUAACAGAAUGUCAGAGAAUGGAGUUGAUAGUACAGAUAAAAAUGACAAACAAGACGGUAGUGAGACAUCCACACAUUCUGAACAUAACGAAAGUAGUGGUGUAAAUGAUAGUAUUAUUAAAUUCCCGGAUAUAAGUACAAAUGAUCAUUUGGAUGAAAUUGAAGAUGAAUUUUCUGAUAAUGAAGAUCUGGUUGAGUGUGGUAAUUGUGACAAUGAAUUUCAGACACUUCAAGAAUACAUGGACCAUACAUGUGCUGGCAGUAAAAGUAUUGAAGGUAUGGAAAGUACACGUAAUGAAAGUAAAGAACUAAGUGAUGUUGAAAGUUUUGACGGAAAGAUUGUUUACAAUCCAGAUGGUUCAGCUUACAUUAUAGAAGGUGAUUCUGACAGUGAGCUUGACUCUCUAAUUGAUAUACCUCAAAAAGAGGGCACUAUCAUUGAUAAGAAAGGUAAAAAUGGCAGUGAGCCCUCGGUCAAAGAAAUCCCUCAGAUUGACAAUGCAUUUUUUGUCCCAAGAAAUCCAAACUCUUUUUUGAGCAGUCCUUUUAUGCUGCCACAUAAAUCUCAAUCCACCCCCAUCAUGCAUAGCUACAGAGUUUAUGAUCUUAGAUCAGGAAAAAACAAAUCUGCACUCUCAGGUGAUAGUUCGGAGGAUCGUAUGAAUUCCAGUUCGCCAUCAUCAACUCCAGAAUCAUCUACCUCAGCUAAUUCUCUAACUUCACCAUCAUCUUCAUUGACAUUUAAUUUGAAAUCAUCGCAAAUUCCAUCAGUUCCUAUGAAACCAAUUCUCAUGUGCUUUAUAUGUAAACUUUCAUUUGGAUUUGCUAAGUCUUUCACUACUCAUGCCACAAAUGAACAUUCAAUGGAUCUGACAGAGGAGGAAAAUGAAAUCAUGUCUCGUAAAAAUUCAUCCGCCAUUAUUCAAGGUAUUGGAAAAGGGAAAGAUCCUCUCAUGUCAUUUUUAGAACCAAUCAAAUCAUCCAGUGUAGACGCGGGAACAAAAUCAUCAACUUCGGAACUGGCAGAAUCUAAAGUUGGAAAAGUGAGCUCUCUGAAAGAAACGACCAGUGUUAGUUACAUUUACACAAGGCCAAAACUCUCUGAUUCUUUUAAUGAAUCCAAUGCGCAGAUAUCUAAUCAAAAACAAAGUAAAGACUUGUCAAUAAAGGAUAUACGUAAUCAGUUAGGACAUUUUGAAAAGGACAGUGCUAGUACCGCAGUGUUAAAUGCUCUUUCUACAAAAACUUUAAAUUAUGAAAACAAAAGUGAUAGAAUUGAGUCUGAAAAUAAAAAGAUAAGAAUGGAUACUGAAGAUUCAAACUCCAAUUCUUCGAGUUUUCCGGUAAAUUCAGUCCAAAGGUAUAUACAAGAUGAUUUUUCUGCCCCAUCGCCAAAAUCAUUCUUGCCACCAUUUACUUCAUCUCAAAGACAGGGUUUUUAUGGUGUUUGUGAGGAACACCCUAAUGGACGGGCUGCUGGAGUUGAAUGUCCAAGUUGCGAUAUGAUUCUUAGCUCUUCUCAGUCGCUAGGUGGUCACAUGACAAUGAUGCAUUCACGUAACUCGUGCAAAACACUAAAAUGUCCCAAGUGUAACUGGCACUACAAAUAUCAGGAAACACUCGAAAUCCACAUGAAAGAAAAACAUCCAGAAGGUGACCAAAAAUGUAUGUACUGUUUAACAAAUCAGACUCACCCCCGACUUGCCCGAGGAGAGAGUUACUCGUGUGGUUACAAACCGUAUCGCUGCGAGGUUUGUAACUACUCAACUACCACAAAAGGCAAUCUCAGUAUUCACAUGCAGUCUGACAAGCAUUUGAACAAUGUCCAGGAUCUCGCUAACAGCGGAGGAGACUUGCAACAGUUUAACAAACACAAUAAUAGUAACCACGCUCCUCCCCCAUUACCUCAGUCUCACACACCCUCGCAUACGUCACAGGCUCAUGCUCCAAUAAAAACACCUCCCCAUCAACAGCUGAUGCAGCAGCAACAACAGCAGCAUCAACAACAGCAACAACAACAACAACAAAGUCAACAACAUCCAGGCACUUCACAUGAUAGCAUUAAGAAAGCAAAGCCUAAACCGACAUGGCGAUGUGACGUUUGCAAUUAUGAAACAAAUGUUGCACGAAAUCUACGCAUUCAUAUGACUAGUGAGAAACACACGCAUAAUAUGAUGGUACUACAGCAAAACAUGAAACAUAUGCAGAGAGAUAUGCAAAUUCAUCAGAUGAAUCAAUUAGUAAUGCUACAACAGGACCCAUCUUUCUUGGGUCUGACAGGUCCAAUUCCAGGCGGAAUAACGUUUCCUUAUGACGGUUCUUUAAUGAUGGGAGGUCUUCCCGCAGGGUUUGGAGGUGACGCACCAGUUGACCUUAGUAAGGAAAAUGGGAUAGGUCCAGGACAGCCAGGAUUUGGAAGUGACAGUCUGGAUGUAAAUAGACUGUUCCAGUGCUGCGUCUGCAAUAUAUUUGGAACAGAUUCAUUAGAAUCCCUACACCAGCAUCUUCAGAUGGAUCGCACCAAACAACAUGAAAAUGACAAUAUUUCUGUAUCUGGUGGGACGUACAUGUGUAAUCUAUGCCAGUAUAAAACAACACUAAAGGCGAACUUCCAGCUUCACUGUAAAACAGACAAACAUAUACAACGGCUACAGCUAGUCAAUCACAUAAAAGAAGGCGGGGCUAACAAUGAAUGGCGUCUGAAAUAUCUAAAUGUGAGCAAUCCUGUGCAAGUCCGUUGUAACGCAUGUGACUAUUACACAAAUAGCAUACACAAACUUCAAAUCCAUACAGGAAAUCCACGUCAUGAGGCCAGCGCUCAGUUAUUUUGCCAUCUGCAACAGCAGGAGAACAUGCUUUCAAAGCCCGACAAAUAUUAUCACUGUGCUUUGUGCAAGUUCAACGCCCGAUCGAAACUCGGACUGAUGCAGCACGUACAUUCUGUGCAACACUUACACAGUGAAAGUAUGAAGCAGAUUGAGAUGAAAGAAACUGGACAGUUAGAAAUAGAUAUUGGUGACAUCUUCAUGGUGAAAGAAACAGAGGACAAAGCUUCCGUGAAGUUUGAUGACGAAUCUUCGAUGACCUCAAAUGGUUUAGGUGAUGAAGAUGGAAGUUUGACUGAUCAGGAACCAAGCGACUCUCGUGAACGUGUGACCACACCUCUUUCCCCGUCACAUGCCAUCAAUAACAACAAUAAUACGAUAAAACAGACUGCGGAAGACCUCUCGCAAAAAGGUGAUGCUAAAAACCAGGACAAGUUACACGAAUGUCCAUAUUGCACGUACACCUCUACCAAUGAAAUGCACCUAAAAUCGCAUGUGUCAUCUGCACAUUCAAACAACCACACAAGCAGUGCGUGUCCUCUCUGCCAGGAACCGUUCUCCGAGAAAUCCAAAAUACAAAAACACCUCACAGCCGUACAUAAUGUAAAUUCGGAGGGACUUAACAAAUUACUUGCCCUCGUAGAAGAACCGAAAUCCAAAAUGCCACCUACAACAUUCAGGGAAACGCCACUUCCGACAGGAAACAUCGGUCUCGCAAAGAUGUGCGAGGUGAAUCUAGAAUACCUGGAGCUGGAGUCAGCCAAAUUAGCUGCUGAAGAUGCAAUAGACAUGGCUGCACAGAACGAUAAAGAUGGCGAUGAACAGUUCCGCUGUCAGACGUGUUCCAAAACAUUCACAAACAUUGACCAGCUUUAUUCCCACCAAAAUGAGCUCGGCCAUCUUGAAUUGAAGCAGACGCCACGUGGUCCCGGCUACCUCUGUUGGAAGAAAGGCUGUAACCAGUAUUUCAAAACUGCUCAAGCAUUACAAAUGCAUUUCCGCGAAAUCCAUGCGAAAGCUAUACCUAUGACAUCAUCUGAUAAAUCGGAGUAUAAAUUUCAGUGCCAAAUAUGUACAUUAGCCUUCAAAUCUCAGUCAAAGCUUCAUUUUCACGCUCAAAUGCACAUUUUAAAGUCUGCAGUUACCUGCAACCUGUGCACAAAAUCUUUCCAGUCAAUUGCAUUGCUCAGUAAACAUGUGGAAACUGCUCAUGACCUUGGGGACAGUGAAAUAGAACAGUACCGAGCGGAGAUUUACGCAAAUACACUGGCCUUUGCUACGUUCAUGGGUGACCCUAAACUUGCCAAAGUAUUCAGCCUGUCAGAUUUGCCAAAAGAAAACUUCAAACAUACAGAUAUAAGUUCACAUUCCGAACUCGAUGGAAAGAAUCUCCUGGACUUGUCAGAGAAUGGUGGGAUUGACUCUGAUGAUAAUUCGCCAGCUUCUACUCCUGUUUCCAUGGAGAAUGGUUUGGAAAAAGGUAUUAACUUUGAUGAACUUGGUGAGAAUGAUCUCAACUCUAAAGAGCAACAGUUUUUUGAGGACCAUAUCAACAGUAAAGCUUUUGAAGAAAACUCAUACGAAGAUCCCAACCGGAAGUAUAAAUGUCAUCGUUGCCGUGUAGCUUUCACAAAGCAAAUCUAUCUGACUGCACAUAAUAAAACGCCGAUGCAUAAGAAAGGCUUCAAGUUAAAUUACCCAAUGGAAAAGUUCUUGGACCCAAAUCGUCCAUACAAAUGUGAGAUUUGUAAAGAGUCUUUUACUCAAAAGAACAUCUUAUUGGUUCAUUAUAACUCAGUUUCUCAUCUUCACAAAGUAAAACAGCAGGGAGCAGAUGGUCUGUUACCAAUGACAACUGGAAAUAUUUCUCCUCAGACCUCAACUCCACUGACACAGUCUACUCAUUCACCAGCUACUACCUUGUCAUCACCAUCACCAUCUGCUACAUCAUCUGCUUCAGGGAUACCAGAAAAGUUGUCUGCAAAGAAAUCCAGGGAGUCAUCGCCGGAUGAUGAAAGUCAAAGACCUUACAGGUGUAAUAUAUGUAAAGUCUCGUACAGUCAGGGAUCUACACUGGACAUUCAUAUUAGAUCUGUUGCUCAUCAAACUAGAGCAUCCAAACUACACGAAUUAGCCAUGACAGGGGAAGUUGACCUUUCCCGACCUCUGAUUGAGGAACCCAUCGAUAAAUCACUCCAAGCUCAGCAACAGAAGUUUUUGAAUGAUUUUUUGAAGACAUCUAUGCCUCCAUUGUCACAGCAGUCUCUUCUGUUCCAGGGACUUCCAGGCCUGACAAGUUUCCCAGGAUUCCCUGGUUUACCAUCAAUGCCAGGACUGCCAUUGCUAGCAACUGGACUGCCUCCAUUGUUACCUCUAUCUCUACAAAAUCAAGUGUUCCCGACAUCUCUACCCAGCAUUACCUCUAGUCAUUAUUCUCAGUCUGGGUCCAAAGAAAAGUCAUCAUCAUCUGCUUCAUUAUCAGCAACAUCCUCAUCAGACAGUAAGCUAUCAUCAAGUAAAUCUCUGGAAAAGAUCUCUCCUCAGUCAGUAUCAACUCAAUCACAGAAUGGUGGAAAUUCAGCAAAAGAAUCCUCAGCUGCAAUUAGUGCAGCUGUUGCAAUGGCAACAGCUUCUGCUCAGUCCCAGGGAAUAUCAGGAAAUAUCCAUGUAUGCCAGAGAUGCUCAGCUGUUUUUGCAAAUCAAGAUUCCUACUUACAGCAUCAGGCUUUGUGCUCAGGAAGUUGCAGUUCACCUAUUCCAAGUCCAGCAUCUGGCAAUAAAUCCAGAUUUGUUGGUCGUAUCAAAACAGCUGUUCAGAGAAAUCUCCUGGAAAACUUUGGAUUUGAAUGUGUAAUGCAGUUCAAUGAAUUCAACCAAAGAAGAGUUAAGAAAGAAAAGGAAGAAGAGGUAAAAGAAAAAGAAAACGGCAUAGACAAUCCAAAGGCUGAAGAAUCUGCAGAUAAAAACAGUAAUGAUAAUCCAGAUGAAAAACCCUCAAAUGUAGAGUCUUUAGAUGAAAAAGUAGUUGUAAAAGAGGAACCCAAGCGUGUUGAUUUGCCAGAAAUGAAUAAGAGCCAAUGUAAUCAUUGCAGUAAACAGUUUUCUAGUGUAUGGGUAUUGAAAGCCCAUGAAGAAGAAGUCCAUAAGGAAAUUGUUCCCUUGGAGAUUGUAGAAGAAAUUGGAGACCAAUUUAAAACUGAUUUUGAGAAGAAGAUGCCCAAAGAGUUACCUGUUACUGAAUUGCCAACUCCUUUGCCAGUCUCCACACCUAAUUCACAGGUUGCAGAAGAGAAACCAAUCAAAUCUGAGAUGCCACCACCUCCUCCUCCACCACCAGCACAGAUGCAGCUGGACAUGUUGCAAAUGAUGAACAUGUUCAGUAUGGGUAUGAUGCCUAUGCCAAUGCCACUGUUAAUGAACACACAGCCAUCACUCAUGCCAAUGAUGAUGCCACCGCCAGGCUUAGAUAUGAAACCUCCACCAUCAAUGCCUGGUAUGGAUCCUGGUUUAUCAUCAGGUAAUUUAGCUGCUUCACAGAAACGUCAGCUAGAACAAGCUUCAAUGGCCAAUCAAAAGAGAGCAAGAACUCGUAUCAACGAUGAGCAGUUGAAGGUAUUGAGGGGUUACUUUGAUAUCAAUAACUCUCCAGCAGAAGAACAAAUUCAAGCAAUGUCUGAGCAGACAGGACUGCCUAUGAAGGUGAUUAAACACUGGUUUAGAAAUACAUUGUUCAAAGAACGACAAAGAAACAAGGACUCACCAUAUAAUUUCAAUAACCCACCAUCAACUACUCUGGACCUAGAAGAAUAUGAAAAGACAGGAAAACUGACAAUCAUUGAAGACAGUAGCCCACCAUUGUCAAAAAGCCCAAGUCCUGCUCCUAAACUGGAGUCUGAAAUUAAAAAGGAAGCUGUAGAAAAAUUUGAAGAGUUGCACAAAGAAGCGGUUGCAUCAGCCACAAAAAGUCAAGCUCCUAAGGACUUUAUUCCUCAUACAACUCCAGUAAGAUCUCAGGUACCAGAAAUUAAGCCAAAACCAACAUCUGAUGAAAAGUACAGGGAGCCUAAGCUUCCUACUAUUCAGACACCCUUACCGACAAGAAGUGAGACUCCAUCUGCAUUGUCAGCCACAUCCACACCCGUACCUCCAACAACAAUGUCACCACUUUUGACAUCACCAGGUGGCAGUAAUAGCUUCAUGCAAAACUUUGUUUCCAAUCUCCCAGGUAUGAGCACACCCACUUCACAAAAUUACCCACCUACAUCUACUACGCCAAACUCUCUGACACAUUAUGACAGCCACAACUAUUCCCCACCUGGAAGUGGGUCGACAGGCAGACGGGCUAAUAGAACACGAUUUACUGACUAUCAGAUUAAAUGUCUUCAGGAGUAUUUUGAACAGAAUGCAUACCCCAAAGAUGAUGAACUUGAACACUUGUCAAAAAUGCUCGGACUGAGCCCAAGAGUCAUUGUAGUGUGGUUCCAGAAUGCUCGUCAGAAGGCCAGAAAAAUAUAUGAGAACCAGCCUGCAGACAAUAUGAAAGACAUGUCUGGCAAUUCACCAUAUGCGCGAACAACAGGAUUAAACUACCAAUGUAAGAAAUGCCAAGCAGUCUUCCAGCGUUACUAUGAUCUGAUACGCCAUCAAAAGAGAAGCUGUUUUACUGAGGCUGAAAAGCAAGAUUCACAUUUUCUCUCAGAUGAUAGUGAUUCCAUGUCAAAUGUUACUUCUCUUGACAACACAGCAUUCUCAGAUUCUGAAUCAGAAUGUUCAAAUCUUGGACGCUCAAUGAAAGAGGUCAACAGUUCAGGGAGCAGUGAGGGUAAAAAGUAUCAGUGUGAAAAAUGUGACCAGUCUUUCAAUCAUUUUGACCAGUAUAGAGAACAUCAAAGUAUCCAUAACUUAGCCUCGGGUAUGUUCAUGAAUAUGCCAACAGGAGGUGCAUUUGGUAUGCUCCAAAGCAUGGCAAACUCUCAGCACCACAAUUUACCUGAUCAGUCUCCAAACAAGAGAAAGUAUGAGGAAGAAGAUGAUGACCAAGAUCAGCCUCGAGACAAGAGACUACGCACUACCAUUCUACCAGAACAACUUGAUUAUCUUUACCAGAAGUAUCAAGUGGAUUGUAAUCCAAGUCGUAAACAGCUUGAAGCCAUCUCAAAGGAUGUGGGUUUAAAGAAACGAGUGGUUCAAGUGUGGUUUCAGAACACAAGGGCGCGUGAGCGUAAGGGUCAGUAUAGAGCACAUCAGCAGUUAAUUCACAAAAGGUGUCCAGUCUGCAGAGCAUUAUUCCGAGCUAAAUCAGCAUUAGAAUCUCAUUUGGCUACCAAACAUCCAGAUGAAAUGGCAAAAGGCGAGAUAAAUAUUGACGCAAUUCCUGAUGCAGCAAUAGAAAGUCCUGGACCAUCCUCUUCAAAUCUCAUGCCUCCAUCACCAGACUACAACAAACUUCUUGCUCCACCAGCAAUGCAAGGCCUACUACCAUACAUGCCACCGGCAAGUCUUGGGGGAAUACCAGGUUUCCCACCAAUGGCUGACCCAAUUCAGAUGUCAAUGAAACAGUUUUAUGAAGAUUCAUUUAAGAAGUAUAUAAAUGAGCUAAGCUCUACAAGUCAUGCUUCUCACAAGCCAAGUAACUUUCCACAUGAAUUUACCUCAACUCCGAUGAAGACGGAAACACAAGUUUCCAGCAUGGAAGAUGAUGCACCUCUUGACCUCAGUAAACCACUGAAAGUAACGACGCAUUCCGAGGAGAAACAUAAAGAUGGACCCACUUCACAGUCUAGUUUUAGUAGUGGGCAAAGUAGCAGUGGUGGACAGGGCGAAAGAAGUCGCCAGAACAGUGGUCAUGGUUCAGUUCAUAGUGUUCUUGGAUCCGCAGUUGACCAGGCCUACAUGAUGAACAGGUUUAAGCGUGAUAGUGCCAUGCAUACUCCAGAUCUUGAGGAAGAAUCAUCGAACAUGAGCAGUAACCCAGCCUCACCAGGACAUACAUCAUCAAUGGGUAGCGGAGGUAACAAACGAUAUAGGACUCAAAUGACUAGUCUGCAGGUCAGAAUCAUGAAAAACAUAUUUAUUGAUUACAAAACACCGACAAUGGCUGAAUGUGAGAUGUUAGGAAGAGUUAUUGGUCUGCAGAAAAGGGUUGUGCAGGUAUGGUUUCAAAAUGCAAGAGCUAAAGAAAAGAAGGCAAAACUUAACAUGAAAUACCCGGCAUCCGAGUUAGACUUUCCCAAGCCUCCAGAAGAGUGUACGCUUUGUAACUUCAAGUAUUCACAUAAGUAUACAAUCCAAGACCACAUCUUUACCAAGAAACAUAUAGACAAAGUUCGUGAGUUUAUCCAAUCUCAGACAGAUGCGGAACGCGAGAUGUCCACAACAGCGGCGUCGAUGGCAGGUGUUUCUGGUCUUUUGCGGUCACAGCAAGCCAAUGAUGUGGAUCACAUGCGUAAGCUGAUGGAGGAGGCAAACCACCAGAGUCAGAUGGCUCAGCUUCAGUCAAUGGGGCUCCCGCUUGGCCUGCCACCUAGUGCUAUGACAGGUAUGGGAUUGUUGCCACCAGAAUUGUUACACAGUCUUCAAAAAGACAGCUCUUCAGGAAAGGAGAGGAAAGAGGGUGACAGCAAAUCAGAGGGCUCUUCAAGAAAAGAGAGUAGCAAAGGUGGGUCAGGGUCAUCUGAGGGUCAAUUUGGCCCAUUUGGUGGUCUCUUACCGGGCAUGGACCCAGGAAUGUUGCCCUACAUGUACCCAGGUCUUCCUGGGCUUCUACCGGGCAUGCCCCCUCUAGGACAACCCGGAUUUAUGCCAGGAACAGAGCAUCUUCUUGGCUAUGACCCCAUGACCUACGGAACUCCACUUCCUCUACUACAAAUCCCUCAGCAAGCCAUCAAGGACGUGAGUUCAAAACUCAUGGAUCCGAAAGCCACGAUUGGUCAGUAUACACAAGACUGUAAAUCUAUCUCCAGCUUGAAAUCCCUCGUCAGUGGGUCAGAUUAUAACUGUGUAAGGGAGGCAACUGUUGAUGUUGGUUAUAUUUGUAAAAAAUGUCAGAUGGUCUACCCUGCUAAGGAAGCAUGCGUGGCCCAUCAGAGGUUAAUGUGCUUUCCUGGAGGGAAGAUUCCCGAGAGCGUAAAUAUUACAUUAAAGUUAGAACAAAUACAGUACGAGUGUAAACUCUGUUCCGACAAAAUGUCUACAGUUCAGGAGUUUAAAUCGCAUUGUGACAGCGAGUCACACAAAACGAAACUGGCAGUGUAUCAACAACAGCGGCAAUUGGGUGGCCAAACUGUAAAGACAUCAACUUAUUCCCCUCGGCAAAGCAGUAGCUCGUUGGAUUCGGAAAGAGCAUCAGUGACUGAGAACAGUCGUAAAGAAAAUGAAUGAUCAGAAAAUGAAAAUAAAGGCAGAUGUGACUAUAAUUUAAAAAAUGGGAGGUGUUAAAUUUUUGCUUCAUUUAUAAAUGUUCUUCGAACAGAUACUGUUUAUUUGUAUAUAAGUAUAUAAUGUUAAAUGUAAUGUCAUUAUACAUAAACCCAUAGCAUGAGGACCAUAACUGUAGUGAAUAUUAGUGGUCCAAAAUAUUGUAUCACACAUAGCUGUUAGUGUGAAAAAGGGUAGACAAAAUGUGUGAAGAUUAUAUGAAAAUAUAAUAUGUAUGUGCAAGAAAAAGUAUACAAAAUGUAUGUAAAUUUUUUUAUACAUACUAAUUUGCUGAAACUAUUGAAAUCCAUACAGCGAAAUUGACAGCAAAUUAUAUAUGCUGUAAAAACUAUGAUAUUCAGUAUUUAAAGAAUUUUUUUUUGUUCUUGUAACGAAAAAAGAAAAGAAAACAAAGGGGAGGUUUAUCUUUCAUUGAUGACUGCAUAUAAAGGGAUGAAUAUGUUAAAAAUAUUUUAUGUUAAAUUGUCGAGUAAUUUUUUUUUUUUAUUUGUAAUAAGUGCUAUAGCUAUAGUAAUUGAUAAUGUUUAUAUCAGAUAGGUACAAACAUUUUAUGUAAUCUUUACUAACUAAGAUGUAUAUUUCAUAUAAAUAUAGAGUCGAUUUCCAUAUGAUGUUUAAUUUGUGUUCGUAAAAAGAAAAUAUCGAAAUUCCAAACCUUUUAAAGUAUGGAAUUCCAAGCAUUUUGUUUAUAAAAAUGAUAAAUAUCACAUGUUUAUUUUUCUUUCAUUUGAUUGUGUUUUUUUUUUCUUUUUCUACAAAUUUUAGAUAAAGAAAUUAAAAAAAGGAGCUAUUGUACAAGUUGAUAAUAUGUAUAUAUUGUUCUGACAGUUUUGUUUCAUGUAAAAUUAAUUUGUUAUUCAUUUUUCAUAUAUAACUAUAUAUAGCAUUAUAACUGUUACUGUUAUUGGACAUACGUCAUGUUCAGGGUGACUGAACGAUGGACAUUGUGCUGAAAUGUACAAAUACUACAUUUUUGUUUUUUUUCCAAAGCAUUUCAACGUUAUGUGAUGUACAUUGUUCUUAAAAGUAUUUUUCACCUGUCAGCAAACAAGUGUGAGUGACGGAAGGAAGUUGAUGAAAUAGACGCUUAUUUUAGUGCAAUGACAUCAUGUAACUUUCAUCUAUUUUUAGCAUUUCUAUUUUUAGCAUUUCUGUUUUUGGCAUUUGUUAGACCAAUUACACUUACACAGCAUUCAAUUACACAUAUGUAUAUAGUUCUAGAUAGAUUUAUUUUUGUUACGCUUGAAUUUACCAAAUGUAAUUUGGUAUGUGAUCAUUGCAAUUUUUGACAUUAGUUUAACUAAAUUUGGUACAUUGUUUUUUUCCCCCCUUAUUUUUUUUUGUUAGUGAACUUUUUUGUAAACGUUACACAGGGAUCUGUAAAGAAAAUUUGGCAUUAUUUUCACAUGUUGUACACUGUCACUUUUUGACAAUUCUUUGAUAUUUGUAUUCAUUAUGGUUGAUUUAUAUAAACUUUUAGAACUGUUGAUGUUUUUUUUUUCAAAAGGCUUUAAUAUUCCUACUUUAUUUCAAUGGUUGUUUUUUUUUUCUUAAUGAUUUCUUUUAACUAAAUAUUACAGAUUCUAGAUCUAUUAAAUAUGGUGCAAGUAUUUGUUUUGUGCCAAUUCCCGACCAAAAAAGUUGUGGAAAGAAAUCCAAAAAAUUGUUCAAAUACCUCAUUUUAUCAAUUCUGUGACAUUGAAAAUGUGUGAUUUUCAAUUUUGAAAUAGUGUAUGUUUAAUAAUUGUGAACAGCCUAAUAGAAAUUACAUGUAUUAUAUUUAUAAAAGCAUAAGUACUUACAUAUAGCAUUGAGUCUUACUCAAAACUUUUUUGUAGUUGAAUUAAGAAAGCAUAGUUUUACUUCCUGUCAAAUAUUGAUUUAUUUUAUAAAUAAAUAGAAAAAAUUGCAGAUUAUGUUUUUUAUUUAUUUUUUACCUAUCGAGUUGUCCACACUUAUAUACAGUUUAUUUUUACACAAAUUUUGUGAUGAAAAUCACUUGGUAAAAAGGUUGUGUUUGGUUUAUCACAGUACAACAGGUUUUAAGCAGAUGUUAUUGAAGUUUAAACUGAAUUUACAUAUUUUUACUUCUAAUAAAUUUCAACAUUUAUGUGAUGGUAAGAAGAUACAUGGAUUUAGUACCCAGUAUUUUUUUUUCAUUUGAAUAACUCAUCAGUUACGUUGUCUUUAAGGUCAUUGUUGCCGAGGGUAACUUGGUAUUGACCCGUAAUCUCUCCUGUUUCAUUUCCUCUCAAAUUUCUUUUUUUUUGAUUUCAUGAAAAUGACAAAUGUUGGUUCAAGUGACAAUAUAAGAAAUUAGUUUUAUAUAUAUUGUUUUAGAUAGCCUCAAAGAGUUCUUUAUAGCUAUUAAUUGAAAAAACAUUAACAGACAAAACAAUUGCUUUUAUAUAUGUAUAUAUUUUAUUUCUUUUUUUUGAAAUGAUUUAUGAAACGUUAUUACCAUGAAAGCUAAUACUUUUGAGUAAGUCUGUAAAAAAUCCCCUUCUUUUAUUUCAUGAUGAAUAAACAAAAAUUUCAAGAGGAAAAAAAGAAGCAACAUGUGAUAAUAUGUGUUGUGAGAUGGAUGGGGUGGGGUUAGUUUUUGGACAUACCUGGAAGGAAAAAAUAGGAAAACUUUUUAUUUAUUAACAUAAAAAAAUUCUUUGAUUUAGUUGUUUAAGAUUUGUAACUUUUCUUUCUGUGUUUUUACGUGUUUUUUCUAAAAGAUUUAGUUUAAUUUCACUCUUUCAUUUCAAAUGGUGCUUUAUACUAGUUUCUGUUCAUUUUUUUUCUCUCUGAAAUACAUUUUAUGAUUUAUUUUUAGAAUAUGUUCUUUCUUUGCUCUAGUCCUUUACGUUCAUGAAGACAUAUUCUUGUUCAAAAAUUUGUUUUAGACAAAAGAAAAGAGUUUACAAAUUUGAUCUCUGUCAGAUGAAAAAGUGCCGCAGAAAUCUUAUUUUGCGGGAGACCUUUGUGUCUGAAGUAGGUCGGUUAACUUUGUAACGACCUUUUCAUAUAGUACAUGUAUAAAGAUUCCUGAACAAAUUUGAACUGCGUCAGAUGAAAAGGUUUCACGAGAAUUUUAUUUGAGGGAUGACCUUUUCAUGUGACGAGGGUCGGUUAAAUUUGUACCAACCUUGCAUUUAGUGUAGAAUAUAUAUUAAGACAACAUUAUGUUAUUUGUUUUAUAUAUAAUACAAUUUUAGUGAUCAUUCAGUAUUCAACCACAAACAUUCCUUGGUAUUGUACAUAUAUGUGCUAAUAUUACCCCAAAAAUAAACUUUUUAAAAGAAAACAUGGCUUUUGCUUUAAGUAGAUCUUCAAAACAAAAUAACUGAAUGUUUGUUUUGUUGCAAGUCGCAAAAGAAUCAAGUUAUUGACCCCUAUGUUGUUUUCAAAUGGAAAACAAUGUUGAAAAAUAAGUCUAUGGUCACAUGUGUAAAAAAAAUUCUGAAUAAAAUAAGGACAGUUUUGAUAGUUGCCAAUGACAAAAAAUUUAUGUACAGUAUGUGCUUUAUGUCUAUUUUCUUGGGGGGGGGGGGGGGGAAAUUUUUUUUUUUUCACUUUUUUUAUUUUUUAAAAAAAACUUUAAAAUGACAUUUUACUCGUUGAUAGUUGAAACUAUUCUGAAGUUUCUGAGACAGAAGGUUUUUUUUUUUUGUCUUCAUUUAAAUCAGUCAUUAUUUGUCUGGAGCUAAAAGUGAUGAUUGAAAUUAGUAAUAAGCAUUGCUAUAGUAAAUUAAAUUUCCGAAGGCGUCUAAGGAGUAAAAAAACAUCGAAAUGGAAGAUUUGGUUCCUAUUUAAGAAAGAAAAUGACUAAAUUUACAUAUAAAUUGUUUUCAUUAAUGAGUUUUAUUGAAAUUCUUUGCAAUUUCUUUGAAUAUAAUUAGUUCUUGUAAGACGUAAAGAGAUUUUACCGUCACGAUGAAUAUUAUGUUACAGCGGAGUAUGUAAUAUUGUCUAACAUGCAUAAUAAUUAUAUCUAAUUAAAAAACUGUGCAGAAACAAAACACAGACUAAUUUCAAUUUCAAUUGUUUGAAGAAUGUCGGGGAAAAAUAAAAAUAUGCGAAUAUUAUCUGAAGUCUCGCAUUAGUCGGAAUGUUUUGUACAUUAAUGAGAAAUCCAUUAGAAUAUAGCUUCAUAUAUCCGAAUUUUAAUUUUGAGAUGUAUAUUUUUUUUAGUUGGGGAAAUGAAUUUUAAUAAACGGCAUUUGUUUCCAUUUUUCUUUCCUCUUAGACAAUGAGAAUAUGCAAAAUAUUCACUUUUUUAGAUUUCUCGUGAAUGGAGUGAAAAUACAGAAAUCUUGACAAAUUUUUAUAUUAUACCGGUAUAAUUUGUAUCACAUAGACCAAAGAAUUGCCAAUUGAUUUAGCUAUACGCGGUCUUCCAGUAGAAUAAAUAUUUUGUGAGAUAUGCUACUGCUAAGCUAGUGCGGAAUAAAUGCUAUAUUUUUGUGACGAUUUUUUAGCAAGGUUUAGCUGUUUUAGCAAAUAGUUUAGCUGAAAUGAAAGUAAUUUUGAGUUUUCAGCGCAGCAUUGUUGCAUCUCAAUGUGCUAAAAGUACAGGUUGCGACAAAGUUACGCAGAAACCUGGAAAUAUUGUAAAUGAGCUAUGUUAACUUACCUGUAGAGUAGAUUUUAUAAUAAAAAACAAAUAUGUGCUUACAUUUCAACAUUAUUGUAUUGUGUAAUUGAAAUUAUGAAAAUAGAUUAUCAAAAAAAUUUGAUGUAUAUUGUAUGUUAAUGCAUUGAUAAAUGGAAAGUUUUACGGAUAUAACUAUUAUAUUAACCAGUAAUUCUAUGCCAAACAGGUAAUUUGAAAUAUUCUCCUCAUUAUGUUGGCUCCAUCUUAAUUAUUGGUAUUUGUUCUUUUCAAGGAAAUAAUAAUUAAAAGUCUUGCAGAAGUAUUUUCUUAAAAAUAAAAAAAUAAAAAUUUUGAUAAAACUGUGUAAUUGUCUCAGUGCACUAUUUUUGUGAUGUAUGAAAAACUUAAUGAUCUCUUACUUAUAUACAAACAGUAAAGAAAAUUUAUUUGUUUGUGAAUGUUAUUAUUCAUUUUUCUCAUGUAGCUGAAACUUGUCUUAAGUGACCAUGAUGUUAUUUGAUAUUUUGUUCAACAGCUGUAAUUGACUAUUCCAAAAAUUAAAUGUGACUGACUUGAAAUGUAAUGAUUUUAUUUGUUUACUGGAUAACAGAAUUAUAUGUUGUUCAAGUGGUCAUUGUCCUUUUGUGUUGUAUUCAAUUUUCCAAAGAAAAAAAGACAUUAUUAGAAUAAAAAAAAUGUGUGUUUAAUUAAAUGAUUUUUCACUUAUCGUUUCGAGAGGUGAAAAAAAACAUACAUAUAUAGUCUGGUGACAACAUAGUUGUUUUUGUCUGGUCUAGUGAUUAUGCUAUAUGUUAAAAAAAAAAUCUACACAUAUGUAGUUAUGCCAUGUGUAAAAACUUGAAUGAUUAUGCCAUGUGCAUAAAAAAAUGUGUUGUUUGCUUAAUGUCUGCUGUUUAAUUUCUUUUCAUCUAUAUAUACAUCAUAUACUUAACCCUUACACAAAGUUUUUGCCAACAGUAUAGAGCCAGGCCAGCAUAUAUAGAGACAGGUCAGCCCUAAAAGUUGAUUUUAAUCUGACCAGGCUCUAUACUGUUCAAAUUUUUGUUACAUCUUUAAAAUUAAGAAUGGAACGUUUCAAAACAAAACUUGAAAACAGAUUCAGUAAAUCUGGAUAUUCAGCAAGUAAAGGGUUAACCAAAAAAAGAAAAAUCCAAAUGAAGCAUAAUUUCAUUUUUUCUGGUUUUUUUUCCUUUUUGUAAUUUUUUUCCUUUUUGUAAUUUUUUUUGUCCGCAACACAAAAAAAAUCCAGCCAUUGUAAGCAUUUAUAAGAAAAUUUUAUUAAUCAUAAAAUUUAUAUGUUCUCUUUAUAUGUUAAAUUUUACUAUUAUAUAAAUGUACAUUAUUACUUGUUAUAUAUACAUGAUUUCGAGUCUAACAUGUUAUUUGUAAAGUUACUUUAAAAUGUUCAGUAGCCUCAAUUGCAUUUAUAUACAUAGUUACUGAUGAUAUGAUUAUAUAAUGUUUUAUUUGUACCAAUUUUUUUUUGGUACGCAUAAUUUUAGACUAUUUUCAAGGUAAAUGUAGUAGUCUGCUUUCGCAAAAAAAUGAAUAAAUCAUAUUUACCAUUA